AUGAAGAAGACAUCCCAGAUCUGCCAAUCCAAACUGCCAGACAACACUGCCUUGAAGCAGCAGCAAUUGCCCGCCUACCGGUUACAGCUCUCGGCCACUGGAGUCCUCUCUGGCUUUUUUGCCACAGGAGCAUUCUGCCUUGGUGUGGGCAUCAUCCUUAUAUUGUCUGCAAAGAGUAUCAAGGAAAUAGAGAUUAAAUACACAAAAAUAUGUGCAAAUUGUGCAGAACUGAGAGAAGAUGCUAUUAAUUUUGACAAAGAAUGCACUUGCUCUAUUCCCUUUUACCUUUCAGAGACAAUGCAGGGCAAUGUUUAUUUGUACUACAAGUUAUAUGGCUUCUAUCAGAAUCUUUAUAGAUAUAUUCUAUCCAGAAGUAAUAGCCAACUGGUGGGUACAGAUUUAAAGGAUGUUGGAAACUGUGCUCCAUUUAGCAAGUCCCACAAUGGGACCCCCAUCGCUCCUUGUGGUGCUAUUGCCAACAGCAUAUUCAAUGAUACCAUCAUUCUUUCCUACAACCUUAAUUCAUCUAUACAUAUGGAAGUCCCAAUGCUAAGGAGCGGAAUUACAUGGUGGACAGAUAAGUAUGUCAAGUUUCGGAAUCCAAGUGCCAUUAAUCUUUCUAGUGCAUUUACAGGAACCGCAAAGCCCCCAUACUGGUCUAAACCUGUCUAUGAACUGGAUUUAGAGGAUACAGAAAACAAUGGCUUCCUCAAUGAUGACUUCAUUGUGUGGAUGCGGACAGCUGCCUUUCCCACUUUCAAAAAACUAUACCGUCGACUCAAUCGAGUACAGUAUUUUAUUGAAGGCUUGCCUGCUGGUAACUACAGUUUCAACAUUACCUACAAUUUUCCAGUAACCAGGUUCAAAGGAGAAAAAUCAGUUGUUCUUUCCACCCUGACAUGGAGUGGAGGCAGUAGCCUUUUCUUAGGUCUCGCCUACACAGUGACAGGAGCUGUGACAUGGUUGGCUGCCUUUUCCAUGAUGGCAAUCCACUUGAUGCUGAAAGAAAAGAGAACGCUCUUCAUCGAGCGGUAA